AUGCAAUUCUUCGCCGUCACCUUCACCGCCGCUCUCCUCUCCGCCCUGGUCGGCGCCGUCCCAGUUCCCCAGGCCCCCUCAGGCGCCAUUCCCACCGGUGCCGCACCCACUGACAUCCCCACUGGCGCCGCUCCCAGCGGAGCAUUCCCCACCUUUGUCUUUCCCAGCGGUGGUUUCCCAUCCGGCGCAGUUCCCUCUGGCCCCGCCCCCACUGGUGCCUUCCCCACCGGCGUCGUCCCUACCGGUGGCUUCCCCUCCGGCGCUGUUCCCACCGCUAGCGGUGUCUUCGCGCCCCAGGCAUUCGGCACUGGAACUGGUGUCCCAAUUGCUACUAGCAUCCCAGUUGCUACUGGUGCCCCAAUCGGUACUGACGUUCCUGUUGCUACUGGCGCGCCAACUGACGCUCCGGCCCCGACUGGUGCGGCCCCUAGUGGAGCUUUCCCGACUGGUGCCGUCCCGACUGGCACUGCUGGAGGUGCUGCGCCGUCUGGUGGUGCCGGACAGGGUGGUCACCACCACGGUGGACAUGGUGGACGUAACUAG